CUUUCAGAAAGGAGUUAGUGGAAAUAGGUUCUCCUCACCCUUUUAACUGCUUACGGGCAGAUAUUACAAAACCUGGAAAGUAAACAUCCUCCACCUGUGACACAUUGGACUGAAGAUCUUGCAAUGCUUUCAAUAUUUGAACAGGAUGGGGAACAGUACUUCUGCUUCUACAGACUUAUCUAAUACUGCCACUGCUAACCAGAUAAAGGAAGCGAUCUCAGACCACUGUGUAGUCAUCUUCUCAAAAACGACAUGUUCGUACUGCAACAUGGCAAAGAAAUUGUUUCGUGAUAUGAAUGUGAAUUACACAGCCGUAGAACUGGACAUGUAUGAAAAUGGAAGUCAGUUUCAAGACAUCCUUCAUCAAAUGACUGGUGGCAGGACAGUUCCCAGAAUAUUUAUCAAUGGAAACUUUGUGGGAGGUGCUACAGACACCCAGAGGCUUCAUCAGGAGGGCAAGCUGCUCCCAUUAGUUCACCAGUGUCAGAUCCAAAGACGAGGAUACUCACAACAGCCAUGCAGUCUUCCUUAAUUUUGUUCCUCAUAGACUCCCAUCGCUGUGACUUACUAAGACUGUGUAUAUUUAGUCCCAGAGAUGUUUGUUUCAUUGACAUGUAUUUGUUCAUAAUACGUACAAAAGUGCUUUGACGACUUAGGAAAACUAGUAAUUUAUUAUGGUCUACUAUGCAUCUUGCAUUCAGGCACCCACCUGAUAGACGAUUACUAGGGAGCAAGUCCCAUUGAAAACAGUGGGGCUUGCUUCCUAGUAACCAUGCACAGGAAUACCCAUCUUUCAUUCUGUCUGGCGACAAACUGUAGUAUUUAGAAAUAAUACUUAACCUCAAUUAUUCGCAGUAGAUGUAUUCGGACUAAAUUACUAGCAUUAGAUUAAAUUAAUGUCAAAUGUUAA